AUGUGUAUCCUACUACUUACCACCGCCCACCCCGACUACCCUCUUAUCGUCCUCAACAACAGAGAUGAGUUCCUUCAUCGCCCGACACAACCAGCCGCCUUCUGGGAACCCCCGUACUCCCAUAUAUUCUCGGGUCGAGAUCUCGCCCGUCCUGAGCACGGCACAUGGCUAGGAAUCACUCGCUCCGGGCGCCUAGCCGUCCUAACCAACUUCUGCGAGGAUUCGUCUGCAGCGGCAAUUAGCCAAAAGUCCCGCGGUUCAAUAGUAACAUCGUUCCUGACGUCACACGAGGACCUCAAUGGCUCUACAGAAUCAUGGCUCCACCGGCUCCUUGCAGACGGAAAAAUGAAGGGCGUGGGAGGGUUCUCCCUCUUGUGCGGAAUCCUGCGUCCAAGUUCAUCCAGUAGCGACCCGAAGGCAAACUUGGAAAAAAUUGCCGUGGUCUGUAAUCGAACCGCCGCUGGUGACGAAGGGGUCGAAAGCAGCGCACAUUGGAUUGCAGGCAGCAAAGGCGAGACCCAUGGCCUAAGCAAUUCGUUAUUCGACGAUCCCUGGCCAAAAGUGGUGAUCGGCAGAAAUUUGCUCGCAGAAACCAUCGAGAACUCGGCCGGAAAGUCUGAAGAUGAAUUACUGGAGGGUCUGUUUGCUAUCCUUAGCCACGAUACGAUGCCUGUUACGAGGGGGAAAGAUAGUGCGACGCAACUAGAGGCUCUGCGACACUCCAUUUUCAUCCCGACGUUCGAAACCUCCCCCGAGACUCCCGAAACGAACGGCCAUGAUGAAUCCGUUGCUGACGAAAGUCGUGGCGUCGAAGUUGCAGCCAACAGCGGUGAUAGAGUGGAGCACUACUGCGCCACGCCAGAUGAGGAGGAACACAGAUGGAUCCAUCCUGAGAGACUAUACGGAACGCACAAGCAGACCGUUAUACUCCUUAACAAGAAUGGGAAGGUAAAUUACGUUGAGCGAACGCUAUACGACAACGACGCGAAGCCGGUAGACAGGAAGGAUAGAGACAUUGUAUGCAAAUUUGAUAUCGACGGGUGGGAUGAUGUGCCCACUACUACAGCAUAAGUAGAAAGGAAGGGCUUAUAUCACACAAGCCGAAAUUCAGGAAGUGAUCUUCAUUUGCUAUUUCGUGCCAGUCCUUUUCAACUACUUUCACCCAGAACCCUCCCCGUAACAUCCAUGUAUCAUCUUGUCUUUUCUUCUCUCCCUCUCUCCCUCUCGGGUAUACUCUCGACAUCAUGUACUGUACAAUCAUCUCACGCAGUUUACAAUCAAAA